UCCUGCUGCUAUGCUAGCUGCUAGCUGAGUGGCUACUUUCUGCAGCUCUGUUUGCCUACUGUUGUUUUCACCUGAGGGGAAACAUACUCGAAAUACCGGCCAACUUCUCGGGAGGACCGUUAACAUUAUCCGGAGCGUCUGAGUGUCCGUGUCGGGGUCGUCGCCAUGGCUCUGCAAGGCCCGGAGGAGCUGGGGGAGCAGGUCGAAGAGCCGGAGGAUCUGGACGACCAGGACGCUAGUAGCAUCUCUCCGGCCGAGGAAAUAACUCUGCCUCCCGGGCCCGGAGGCGACGAGGAGCCGGAGGAGGCUCUCCUGCUGCCCUGGGACCGCUUCUCCGCCUGGCUGCACUGUAUCUGUGUGGUCGGCUUCGACCUGGAGCUGGGACAGGCGGUGGAGGUUAUCUAUCCUCAUCAUUCCAAACUGUCAGAGAAAGAGAAAACGAGCAUCUGCUACCUUUCUUUUCCUGACUCCAACUCAGGUUGCCUUGGCGACACCCAGUUCUGCUUCCGCUUUCGUCAGGGUUCCAACAGGAAGUCGUCGCUUGGCUGCUUCCUGGAAACCACCGACCGGGACGCACCGCCCUGUCUGAAGAGGGAACAGGGCCAUUACUAUGGUUACGUGUACUUCCGUCAGGUGCGAGAUAAAUCCCUGAAGAGAGGAUACUUCCAGAAGUCUCUGGUCCUGAUCAGUAAGCUGCCCUAUGUGACCUUCUUCCACUCCCUGUUGAAGAUCAUGGCUCCAGAAUACUUCGAGAAACAGGAGCCCUGUCUUGAGGCUGCUUGUAAUGACAUAGACCGCUGGCCGACGCCCCAUCCUGGACGUAUCCUCACGCUACCCAUUAUGGGCGUGGUCAUCAAGGUCCGCAUCCCAACCAGUUAUGACAAACCAGGAACCUCACAGCUGGUCCAGUCCGCCCAGAGUGACAGUCAGGUGUCCAUCGUGCUCCCAACCAUCCAUGAAGUCGACCUCUUCAGGUGUUUCUACCCGGUCUUCUUCCACAUCCAGAUGUUGUGGGAGUUGGUGCUGCUGGGGGAGGCACUUGUUGUCAUGGCGCCGUCGCCAGCAGAGUCAUCAGAUACUGUGCUGGCAUUGGUCAGCUGUAUCUCUCCUCUACGUUACUGCAGUGACUUCCGGCCGUACUUUACCAUCCACGACAGCGAGUUUAAAGAGUACACCACCAGGACGCAGGCUCCGCCGUCAGUAAUUCUGGGAGUGACCAAUCCCUUCUUUGCUAAAACCCUGCAGCACUGGCCACACAUCAUCCGCAUUGGAGACAUGAAGCAAGCAGGGGAGAUGGCCAAGCAGAUGAAAGUCAAGAAACUGAAAAACCUCAAAACUCUGGACUCUAAACCUGGUGUGUACACUGCAUAUAAGCCGUAUCUCAACAAAGAUGAGGAAAUUAUCAAACAGCUUCAGAAGGGUGUUCAACAGAAGAGACCCUCUGCGGCCCAAAACGCAAUUCUUCGACGGUACUUCUUAGAACUGACACAGAGCUUCAUCAUUCCACUGGAACGGUACGUGGCCAGCCUUAUGCCUCUCCAGAAGUCCAUCAGUCCCUGGAAGAGUCCUCCUCAACUGCGACCGUUCAUUCAGCAGGACUUCAUGAAGACGCUGGAGAAAGCUGGACCUCAGCUCACGUCCAGACUGAAAGGAGACUGGAUAGGACUCUACAGGCAUUUUCUCAAGUCUCCCAACUUUGACGGCUGGUUCCGCAACAGGAGGAAAGAGAUGACGCAGAAACUGGAGGCUCUGCACCUCGAGGCGCUGUGUGAGGAGGACCUGCAGCUCAGAGUCCAGAAACACUCGGAGGUGGAGACGGUUGAUCUGGUUCUGAAGCUGAAAGAUAAACUGAGUCAGGCAGAGAAGGAGCAGCUCCCGGUGCGUCCGGGGACUCUGGCCAAACUGAGGGCCCACAUUGAGGCCGUCAUCCUCUCCUUACCAGAGGACCUGCAGGGCAUCCUCCACAAGCCCUCCACACCUUGACCUUUAACCCCUUGGCCUGCAACCCUAACCCCAGUUUAAGCUUGUUUUAAAGUUUGGGGGGUAGUCGGUCUCCUCCCGUUUGACUCCAAGGUGGAGGGACCCCUGAUAACUCAGACUGGGCCCCAGUGUGAGGACCUCUACUGGUCAACCAUUGAAAGCACACAGCACAUCUUUGGUUCCCAAAAUAUUCAUCCAACCAGUUGUAUUUACCUUUUUGUUUUUCCCAAAUUGCUGCUGUGGCAGCUCACGGUGGGUUUCAGACCAAACAUGUCGCCCACGUCUCGCUGAUUAAGUGGUGUUAAAACAACCUGCUGGACGAGGCCGGAGCUGCCUGACAUAAACUCAUCUGAGGAGUUUCCAAGAGGUGAAACAGCCUUUAAAAAUUCUGAGGAGGAAUUUGGUUUUCCAUCGUAGAGACAUUAUGAAAUGAAGAAAGGGGUGCUGGAUUCAUCACAGCUUUGCUUUUGCAGCAUGCAGCUCAGUACCAGAGCUUCAUCUGAGCCUUUGGUGACCUGUGGGCUGAAGGAUUUGUCAUCACCCUGAAAGGUAAGAGCAGGAAGAUGAAUCCAACUGACCUUUGACCCUCAGCAUUUUUACCUCUUGACGUUUUUAAUUUCUACUUUUCUAACUUUGACGAUGAGCUGCUGCAGUCCAGCGGAACUGACCUUGGAGUUUUUCAUCCAUUUUUUAAAAGAUGUUUUUAAAAGAAGUGCACUUCAUCGCUAACUGGACCAGUGUGCCCUUCACACACACACACACACACACACACACACACACACACACACACACUUUUAUGCAAACAAACUGAGCCGAGCAGAGCCAAGCAGUGCUUUACGAUUAAAAUUUACUACAAUAUUGUCCAUUGAAACACAUACGGAGCAUUAAACACCAGCGACCCUGCAAUAACUGUCAAUGCAGUAAAAUGACUCUCGUCUCGUCUGCUCAGGAGCCAAUCACAUCCCUGUAUCCGUGUCACAUGAUCUGUGGGUAGCCGAUCAUAACAGUCUGAGGGAAAUAUUCAAAAUUGUCCUGAAAUGUUCAGAAAUCUUGGUGUGGGUUGUCAUUAUAUUGGUAUUUUCCUCAAGACUGAAUCCAAAACUUGUGUAAAAACGUGUGUUGAAUUAACCUGACUGAUUCUGAGCUCCUCUAAAGGGUCAAAGAAAGUCUUUGACAAGCCGGACUGUGAAACUAUGGAGAUUCAUCUCGGCCAAAAAAAAAGAAAAAAAGAAGCAGAUGAAAAGUUAGAGAUGUUCCAAAUUUUACCUUAUAUACUAAAAACUUACCUUGUAUACUAUAAAUUUUUGAGGCAUUAAAGAACUAUUAUGAGAUUAAAAUUCUGACUUCCUGUUAAAACUAUGACAAGUUUUUUUUUGUGACUAAGUCAAAAUAAAUAAUUAUGUAAAUAUUAAGAUUUUGACUCACAAUCUUAAAGCUUUGACUUUGUAUUUAGUCAUUUUGACUCAAAUUUGAUGUUUUUAUUUUUGUCCUUUCUAAUAUUUUAUCUCUGGUCUUUUUUUUCUAUUUUCCUGGUGGAGAUGGCAUUUUAUAGUGAAACAGUUUGAAACCUCUUCGAUGAACUUGAGCUCAACGCAAUAACGCUUUCUUCCCUCUGUAAAGUAAUCACGGGGCAGCAGUGACACAAGAAAUACAUUUAAGAAAAUAUUAUUUCAGCUUCACAUUUUCAGUUACUAAAUCUGGCGAGUCCACAGUUCACAAGUUGUCUUCUUGAAUUCAUUGUGGUCUCAAGUCAUUUGACUGUGAUAUUAUUUAAAAAGGACUUUACAAUUUGUUUUUUGUGCAUCAGUUUGUGAGAGCAGGUUUGUAUUUCAAAUUGAAAAAUGAAAUUGAUUUUAUGAUGUAAAUUUUUCAGUGGCUCCUGCUUUAUAAACUUCAUACACAGAUAAUCUGCACUCACACUUCACAGGCUGCUCUUCACACUCAGCUGAUAUCUAUAUUUGGGACAGAGAAACAGUAAAAUUGAAUGAUUAAAAAAAAUCAACGGUUGUAACUUUAAAACCACACAUUUUGAGUGUCAGCGAUGGAAAACCUGGGGACAAGACAUAAAAUGACAAAUCAGUUGUGUGCUGGUAUUUAUUUGCCUGAAUGUAAGAAGGAAAAAAAAAGGCUGUAAUUCUGACGCCUGACUUAAAGUUUUUUAGCAAAUUCAAAUAAGCCUUAAAGUCUAUCUGAAGCAAACAUAAAGUUUCAAUCUAGUUUCCCAAUAUAGUCAUACAUUCAUGUGAUCGCAUUUUAGCAUUGCACUGUAACCACAAUUAAAAAAGUUAAAAGCUGAUUUUCAGUUGUAAUGAGACAUUUAAUCAGAACGUUCCUGACAGCAGUUUAACACUGACAUCCAUCUCAAAAAAAUCUAGGCAAUAAUUGUAAACCCAAAUAUGAGGUUAAGUAUGGAAGCCGCAUUUCUGCCAGGGUGGAAAUAAAAAGUUAAGAAUGAUAAAAAUAAUAUCCAUGUUAAGUCAACAUUAUUAUAUUUGACUUACUAGUAUAAUUCUGAUGUGGUAAAUAUAAAAUUUGGCUUACUUUAAGAUUUUUACCUAAAAGGUCACAAUAUCAGGUUAGUAUCUUAUAAUUUUGAUGUAUUAUUACAAUUUUUACAAAAUAAAUAUUAUUCUGACGUCAACAAUUUUGACUUAGUAUCUGUUUGGUCUCUUGUGAUUUUACCAAGUAAAUAUUGCAAUUUUGACUUGGUGCAUCCCAUUAAAAUUUUAAUUUACCUUGAAAGACCUUUAAAGUCAUAAUUUAAAUUUUGCCAUAUUGACCACAUCAUAAUUUUGAUUUAGAAAUUAAAAAUGAUGUACUAAGUCCCAAUGGUGAUUCGGUUUGUCAGAAUUUUGAUUGAUAGUUUUUUAUUUCUGUCAUUCUAAACCUUUUUAUUUACUUGGCAGAAAUGUGCUUCCAUAGAUGAGUGAACAGUUUGAUGGCGAAGACAAAUUCCAGCUCUCACAUUAGUCCUGCCUGAGCACAUCUGCAUUGAAAUAGAAGAAAUGACAAGAAAGUACAAACUGUCAGAGCUAAAACCUGAUACUGUCGCAGAAAAGUCCUGCAACAAUCUAAAUGCACCCUAGAAACACGUUUUUAACCAGCAUGCUUUUACAAGAGGAUCUCUAGAUGAUUGUUUGCUACAACAUUUAGUAAACUAUGAUAGCUUGUGUGCAUUGCACAAACACUACAGCAAGCUUUGUUUCAACUGAGCGUUUUGAUUUGAGAUGAAAUGAUGCUGGUGCCUUACAGGAGUGAUGACAGAACCAAAGACUCGAUGAGUUAGGCUCAAUCUGAAUGAAUGACGACUUGUUCCUGUAAAGAUAAUAGGAGUGGGGCGUCUUUAGCUACAGCUCAACAUUUGCUCUGACACUAAACUAAAUUUACUCUGAUGAAAAGCCGCUUCUGACAAACAUUGAACUCUGACAGGAUCCUCUGUUGCCUUCAAACAAAAGAAUUUGGCUGAAGUCUGUUUGAAGUGUUUUCUGACGAACAAGUGAACGACGCAAACUUAAAAUCAACAAAGUCAAAGAGAAAAUGUAAGAAAUUUAACAAAGUCUCUUCUAAUAAAGGGAUAAUUAGCACCACUGGGUCUAGUAAAGCAUAAUUUCUUUGCACUACUAAUUGUGUUUGAUUUACAUUAAUCCACUUUAGACUUUUUUUUAAAAAAAACCUUUUUGGAUUUAAUUUUUCUCCCCUUCAAGCCACCAUUGGUGUCUCAGAUAACUUUGACCUGUGGUUUCAAAAUCAUAUCCUUUAAAAGAGAAUAACACUAAUUAAACAUGGACAUUGAGAGAGGAAUAAUCUGUCUUAUUAAAAUUGUUUUUAAAAAAUUUGUUCUUGCAACUUAGUAAAAUUUAAAUUUUGAAGUGAAAGGGCCAAAACAUGCACCAAAAAAAAAAAAAAAUUGAAAUAGAAAUCAUUCAACCCAACGCUUCAUAUUUAUUUAAAUUCAUGAACAUUCCUGGACACCUAACAAUGUGCAAAAAUAACAAAAACCAUUUAUUAUGACAGCAAUAACAGAUCAUUUUAAUAAUUAUAACUGUAAUUUGUAUUUUCAGAGUGUAAAUGACUGACUUAAUUAGCAUUUUCUAAAAGUGUAGUUCAUGGUGACACAAAACUGCACAUACAGUUACUUGAUGAUUUCAUUUCAAUAUAUCACUUGUUUGGAAAUGUUAAAAAUGGGCCACUUGUCAAAUGUAUGGAUUGUGGUUGUUUUUUUUUGUUUUGUUUUGUUUUGUUUUUCUUAAAGCCAUCAUGUAACACAUGUAUAAAUGUUUUGUCAAGUAGAUUACUGUAAAGAAAUAUAACAAAGUGUGCUGGUUGGAAAAAACUGUAACAUUUGGUUGUUGGGCAACCAUGUAAGUUUUAUAUUUGUACAAAAAAAAUAUUUUAACAAUUUUUCAUUUUUUUUAUGGAGGGCUAUUCUCAUAUUCCACUCUGUAGAGAAUUAAGAGUUUUGUACAUAUUGGUGUAAAGUGAAAUGGUGGCCCAGAUAUGAUGACGUACAAUAAUUAUUUUGCUAUUACAACAGAUGUGUUACUAAAUACAGAGAUAUAAAUACGAAUUGCUCCAUAAAAUGUUCAGUUACCUUUAUUAGAAUAAUUAUAAUGUUGUUGAGAAACAUUGACAUUUUGAAUUUGUAGUUUAUUUGCCAAGAGACACCAUAGGAAUAAUUCUGAGAGCCUCUCACUAAUGUCACCAUUUCUCAAUCACUGGUUUUAAUGAAAACCUUUUUUGCCAAGGUCCACCUAUUUAUUGAUAUUUAUUUAUGUAUGCCUUCUCAUAAAAUUUGAUUAUAAUGUAAUUAAGAGACUCUGUUGCUAGAAAACAUGGAUAAUGAAGGAAAACUCCAGAUUACAUUCAAAUUAUUUUUAAAAAAUGUAUAAAAACAGAGUUGUUUAUGGCAGAUAAUCUACAGCAAAGCUUUCUGCCCCGAUCGCAUUGUGAAAAAGUACUCUUUUACUUUAAGGUCCCAUAUUGUAAAAUGUCAGAUUUCCAUGUCUUUUUUAAUAGCAGGUAUAGAUGUUAUAUCAAUACUGCGAGAGUAUCAAAAUGCCAGGUCCACAGAGAAAUGCAUGCAGUCCAUAUUCAAUCUCAUCAGCCUCAUCAGAAACUGUACCUUUCAAGGAGCUGUUAGGACUUGCAUGAAGUUGUGAUGUCACAACUUCACAGCAUUUUACGACUCACUUUUCCCUCAACUCAAAGCCAGUGGGUUUUUGGUUAGAUGCCUGAAACAAGGUACGUGGUCAUUCAACACAAGCUUAAGUGACGCUCACAACAUAAAAUUCGUCAGUAAAUAACUCGCCUGUGAACUUUGAAGCUUCUAUGUGUCUUAACAAAGACAGUUGCUAACAAGUGGCUAAAUUAGACCACAGAACAUCAUCACGCCAAGCCACGUCGAACACGGCUUUAAAGUCUUGUUAUGGUGGUGACGUUAACUCAUGCGACCGUGGUGUAAUUUGUUUAUAGCCUAACGUUAGCUUUUUGCAAAUGGCGACUGCAUUUAGGCUCUAGAAAUCAUGAAAAUGGUGUUCAUUAGUGAAGAUUAUCCUUCUAAACAAAACAUCUACGUAUCGUAAACGUUUGCCAAGGAGCUUAUUUUUGGCAAUAAUCCAAAAUCCAAAAGAAAAAUCCAAUAUAGGCUUUUUGAAGAGAGAACCAAUGCAAUGCUAACUUCUGCGUCGUCCUACAAAAAAAAAAACGUCAUUCCUGGAGCACUCUAUGACGAUGCAGACACAGAGAGCAUAGAAGCGAAUGACCUGUUAACAGUGACCGGAGCGUACUGGGCUUUUUCGGGAGGAGGCCUUGAAAAGACAGGUGCUAAAAUAGAGUGUUUGAGACAGAGGGUGAAUACUGGUAUAAUCAGGCAGAUAGUAUGAGAAAAAUAAAGUGUUUUGUGAAGAGUAAAGCAUAUUACAUGUGCUGGCGGAAAACCCAAAAUACAAGUAGGAACCUGGACUUGAGCGUAGUAUGGGACCUUUAAAUAAAAGGAUCAACAGCACAGUGUAGAAAUACAGUACUCCAUUGCAAGUGAAAGUAAAGUAAAAGAGCUUCAUUAACAUUAAAGAAUAAAAUGUUCCCCAUUCGUCUUUAUAAUGUAUCGUUAGAUUGUUGGUUCCUUUGAGUAACAUAGUUGCUAGUUUGUUAGCUUUGGCUGCUACUCAAUGGUGUCACUAAGUAAAGGCUAACAGCCAGCAUAUCUUAGCUUGUGGCUAUUCUCAAUAUUUAAUGCUAACAAUACCUUUAUGGCAUUUUUCUGUCAACAGAAAAAUGCAUCAAAAAUAACAAGAAACGACAAAUUCAAAAUGUCAAUGUAAGCUAACACAAAUUUGUUGCAUAGCGACACAGAAUUUUGCUCCAUUGACACUGUCACUGCUUUUGUUUGUAUUGAAGCCAUAUAACCACUAACUUACACUAAACCACUCUGAGGGCCUAACAGACUACAGUUUUAUUUAAGGUGUUGAUUUGAAGCAUUACAAGGAAAGUCAUCAAAUUGAACUUGUUUUCACACGAUGGCAUACAGUUGUGUUUUUGUAAUCAAUUUAAAAUAUGUUCAUCAGGUUUACCUUGUUGAAAUAUUCUCACCGCUGAGUAUCUUUCAAUACAUUGUUUGCUUUUGCUUGAUACAGUGUUAUAAUAAAAAACUAAACACAGCAGCCAUUUUGAACAUUUGGGAAGUUUUAUCUAGAAGACUAGCCAGCUCUGCACUUCACAACUCCUGCUAACCAAGAUGAAGCACACAAUCAUGUUACAGUUUUUGAAGUGAAAAACAUAUUACUAAACAAUAACACUCCAAAAAUAGAGGGAUAUACAUAUGUUAUAGUAUUCUGUCCCUAGCUUAUGUUAGCUAGUCUUACCUUGCACUAAGCAACGUUAGCUAACAUCUUGUACUGUAGUAAGCUAGUUAGCAUCGAAGCUAUCAGUUACAGUAGCUUCUUGUGUGUUGAAAUAGCAGGGGUUUUUUUGUGAGACAUGUUACAAUUCACCUCCAAAGAUCCAGAGGAUCAUUUUUUCAUAUUUUAACAUUUAGGCCUUUAAUGCAGUGUUGGCUCACACUAACUAACAUUAGCUGAGUUCUUGUUCUGUAGCCAGCUAAUAGGCUUCUCUGCUAGCUGUUACAGUAGCUUCUGGUGUGUUAAAAUAAUACCAUUCUUCUGUUUUGUAUGUCCAUACUAGUUGUCUGAUCAAAUUUUUUAAAAUGGCUGCUGUGAGAAUAAAGUCAGAGGGAAUUUUUAAUGCUGCAUUUCAGGUUCUGGUUCUGUCAUCGAUUGUAUUUUUGUAAUUAUUUUCUGUUUUGCUGCACUGACAGCUACAGCAGACAUUUUUAACCACGGUGGUUAUUUUUAUCAUUAAACAGACAGCUUCAGUUUUAA